UGGCCAACAGGUGACAAUGCUCCACUCCCUACACAGCGUCAUCAAAAAGGAGGAGCUUCUAUCUGCUGCUUGGAGCGAGUCACUGUGCUUUAUUUAUGGAAAGCCGAACAACACCGCCGGCUUCGAUGUCCCUGGGUUCACCAGAAACAGAACCAGUUUCGAGAGUACCACCACCUACCUACCUUCGAUAAGGCCACCAAUCCUGUGAAUAAGGAAACAGACUGGGACAAUAUCAAGGGAUUUUGUGAUAAACUCGACACCGAACCAGAUGGGCCUCAGCUUGCAACCAGACUUCUGGCCCACAAAAUCCAGUCUCCUCAGGAGUGGGAGGCAAUGCAAGCGCUACUGGUGCUUGAGACAUGUAUGAAGAACUGUGGAAACAGAUUUCAUGGUGAAGUGGGAAAGUUUCGCUUUCUUAAUGAGCUCAUCAAGGUGGUCUCACCUAAGUAUUUAGGUUCCCGGGCUCCAGAGCCAGUGAAGACAAAGGUUUUAGAGAUGAUUUAUAGCUGGACCGUGUGGCACCCCGACGAGCCGAAGAUAGCUGAAGCUUAUCAAAUGCUGAAAAAACAGGGCAUUGUAAAGCAAGAUCCUGUGCUUCCUGGUGACAAGCCACUCCCACCGCCUCCCCCCAGAGCCAAAAUUGCCAUCUUUGAGGACGAGGAGAAAUCCAAGAUGCUGUCUCGCUUGUUGAAGAGCACCCACCCUGAUGAUUUAAGGGCAGCAAACAAGCUCAUUAAGGAAAUGGUUCAAGAAGAUCAAAAGCGAGUGGAGAAAGUUUCCAAGCGAGUGAACGCCAUCCAGGAGGUGAAGGAGAGCGUAAGCCUGCUGAGCCAGCUGCUGGAGGGCUACAGCAAGGAGAGCUGCUCCCACAGCAACCAGGAGCUUAUUAAAGAUCUUUACCAGCGCUGUGAAAAGAUGAGGCCGACGUUGUUCCGAUUAGCAAGCGAUACAGAAGACAAUGAUGAAGCUCUAGCGGAUAUCUUGGAGGCUAACGACAGCCUGACGCAGGUCAUCAAUCUGUAUAGGCAGCUGAUCAAGGGUGAGGAGAUGUCAAAAGAUGGAGCAGCUCCGCCCUCACAACAAGACUCAAAAUCAGGCGGCAGCAGUUCAGCACUAUUAGACCUGGCGGGCCUCAAUGUUUCAGAAAAGACAGAACCUUUCAACCCUCUGGCUGCACCUCAGAACCUGGGCUUGAGCCUCCUGGAUGAUGAACUCAUGUCUCUGGGAUUGAAUGUAUCAGAAAACUGUGACUCUAACAUCAUCUCUCAGUGCUUAAAUAUUGCUGAGGCUUCGGCUCCAGCUGUAGAGUUGCAUCCAGAUGUGGUCCAGACAUUACAGGCUCCACCAGCAGGGGGCACCACUGCUACACCAAAAGCAAUGGAAGAGCUGGAUUUGCUGGGAAAAACAUUGUUACAGCAGUCUUUACCUCCAGAAAGCCAGCAGGUGAAAUGGGAUAAGCUCCAGCCUCACUCUAAGGUCCCUUUGAGAGAUCUCCAAGCAAAGUCUGAGGUGAGGUGUAGGCCUGCUCCUGCUCCUGCAUCCGGGCCGACGUCCAGCCUCCUUGUCCGAUCAGAGCAGGCCGAUGGCGUCCUCGUCUCUAGUCUUGGCAUUGCAGACAAAAGCUCAUCAUCAGCUGCUGACCCGUGCGACAGCAUCUCAUUAGCAGACGUUACUGUGCCUCUGGAGUUGAUCAAACCUAGCAGCGUGUUACCAGUGACUGUAUUCGACAAACACAGCCUCCGGGUUUUGUUCACAUUUGCGCGCGACUGUCCUCCAUCGAGGCCGGACGUGUUGGUGGUGAUCAUCUCCAUGUUGUCCUCGGCGCCCAUUCCUGUCACCAACAUCCGUUUCCAGGCAGCUGUUCCCAGAGUGAUGAAAGUAAAGCUGCAGCCUCCCUCCUGUACAGAUCUGCCAGCCUUCAACCCCAUCCUCCCUCCAGCCGCUGUCACACAGACUCUGCUGUUGGCCAACCCUCACAAGGAAAAAGUGCGUCUGCGCUACAAACUAACUUUCAACUUGGGGGACAAAUCUCAUGAUGAAUCCGGUGACGUGUACGAGUUCCCACCUCCAGACACUUGGGGCAACCUUUAGAGAGAGAGAAAGGACAGGCUUCCUGUCGUCAUAUCUGCACCAUCCUUUAUGUUUAGGUCGACGUUUUCCUUCGGAGGGGAAAAAAGACCAGAUUACAAUGAAAUGGCUUCAGUCUGCUUUGCAAAAACUGAUGUGAGAGCAGUUGUUGAAACCAGUUGACCUUGUGCCUUCUUCUCCUCAUUUGAUCCCAUCAGUGUUUCUAAAUGGAGUCGCUACGUCCUCUUCCUCAGAUAAUUAGUCCGAUGUGUCGAUUUGCAGAACCUCUUCUGAAUGUUAAUGGGUUUCAUCUACGUACCAUGAAGUAAUUCCCAUGUUAUGUGAUUUAUGUUGUUGCUAUCAAACAUAUAGGCAUACUUUUCUUCCACAAAUCAGUGUGAUCCAUUCUUAUACAACAUGCUGCACAAUCAGCUGCAUAUUAAACAGUUUGCAAGUCUAACCACAAAUAUUACAAGUGAUACUUUUGGACUUUUUAUUGUUAAAUAUGCGGUUGGUGGAAUUAGAAUUGGUUUCUUCCUAACUAAUCAAAAAUAAAGUUAUAGUUGAUUCUCCAGCACUUUGAGAAACUAAACAUGAGCAUUAACUCCCACGUUUAAAAUCACUGCAAAGGUUUUCUGUUUGAGUCUUAAUCUCUUCAGAGUAGAAGGAACGGAUGUAACCAAAGCAUGCAGGGUGCACAUGAUGAGCUGAUUUUAUUGUGAUUGGACGAUCUGAUGUCUUUGUGCAGCGAAAAUGGUUUUUUUUUUUUUACCGCAGCUAAUGUUGCUAAAACUGAUCCAGACAAAAAUCAUCCUUUAUCUUUUAUUUACUCAUUUUUCCUGUUGUGAUUGAAAGGCGCUCAGUCUGCAUCUCCUAAAAAAGCAACAACAAAAAAACCAGAUCUCUUUAUUUCUGCACUUUUUUUUUCUGUUUUUAGUUUUACUCAGGAUUAUUUUCCUUUUUCCUUAUUUAAACUUGUAUGCACUUGUGUUCAUAUUUUGCACAUGGACUCAUUCUUGUUCAUCCAUCUUGUUUUUCUACUACUGAUUAACCCAAAGAAAAACUCAUACAAUACUAUGUUCGUGUCAUCCUGAGUUUAAUUCUGCCACAUGUGCCUGAGAUUAAGUUUUUUCUUUUUGUUCUGCACAUGUCUAAAUUUAGUGUUUUUCAUGUUUGUCUUUACCAGAAAUGACUUUGUAAAGCAUAAGAAGUAUAAUGUGUUAAAUGAUCUUUUUAGAUGUUGUGUGGUUUGGGAGCAGAAAUCUGUAAAUGCAUCUGGGGUUCAGAAAGACCCACAAUAAAAACGAAUGAAGAAAA